UUUUGGACACCCUGUAUACUCAAAGAACGAAUCACGAAUCCCGCCAGUCCGCCAUUUUCCUUUAAUUAGUUGUUUACUACAUAUUUUGAGAGAAUUGAACUGACGUUUAGUUAAAUCAACUGUAUAUAAACAUGCUGAAGAAACGUAUCGAUGGUCGUCGACUGGCGCAAAAUAUUGGAGAACAAGUAAUUAUACUUGGAACUGUUGGAAAAAAAAGUUCAAAUGGUAAAAACAUAGAAUUAAGGACAACUGAUGGUGUACAAGUUAAUGUAACUUUACCGGAACCAAUCAAUGGCAAUGCUGAAGGUUACAUAGAAGUUCACGGAACUGUACAUUCAAAAUCCACGAUGGCUUGUAGCAGCUACAUAUUAUUUCCAGCAAAGAUGACAGAAAAAUUUGAUGUUGAUCAAUAUAAUGAAUUGAUGGUUAUAUUAAAUGUAUUGGGACCAGGCAAAUGGAGGAUGUCGGAAGAUGAUACAGGGAUAUAGGCUGCAAUGAAGAUAUUUUGUAAAUUUUUUAUAGCCUAUAAUAUAUCUUUUUAUAUCCUAAAGCUAUAAAAGUCACUGUCAGUACUAUUCAAAA